CAACCCCAAAACCUCAUCAAUCCUCGCUCCGUCGCUGCCACCUGCACCACUUCCCCCCCACCACUAUCUUGGAUCCCAGACCCUCCAGUCUCCUCAAUUGAUCCCUCCUCACGCUUCAGGAUGGGUCUCACCGAUUUUUUCUCCGACAUGAUCUCCUCCCUGAGCUUCCCCGAGGCUCAGGCUGAGGCUCCCGCCGAGACCGCCGAGGAGACCCCCAGCCAGGAGACCCAGCCCGAAGAGAAGUCGGCCGCCAGCGAGGAAUCGACCGCCGACGAGAGCUCCGAGAAGACCGAGGACUCGGCCGAGGAGACCCCCGCUGAGGAGGCCUCCGAGGAGGAGCCCGAGAAGGAGGAAGAGGAAGAGGCCGAGGAGGAAGAAGAGGAGGAAGAGGAAGAAGAAGAGGAACCCGAGGACAUCAAGCCCCAGCUCGAGGAGGAGUGUGCCAACUCCUCCCAGUGUGCCCCGGCCAAGCACCACUUCGACGAGUGCGUUGAGCGUGUCACCCAGCAGCAGGAAGAUGAGGACUACAAGGGCCCCAAGGAGGACUGCGUUGAGGAGUUCUUCCACCUCGCCCACUGUGCCACCGAGUGCGCCGCCCCCAAGCUCUGGAAGUCCCUCAAAUAAAUGUGUCGCUCCCGUGACGAUUCCUGCCACGUUUCUCUUAAUGGUUCAAUGACAAAACGGGUUUAACGAACGGCG